CCAGUAAUAUUUGCUAGCAAUACAAAGUAAUAAUCUAUUUGAAAUAGUUUAGCAGUAGUUUUUUAAAAGAAGUGAAACCUGAAGGAGUCUCCUCAGAAAGAAAAGGAAAAAAAAAAAAAACCUGAAGGAGAGUCUCCAGCCUCAUAAAACAGGCUACUCUUAUCCAGAUCAAAUCACCACCACCAUUAUUAUUAUUAUUAUUCCUUUCAGAAUUGCUCCUCUGUUUCCUCUCUCUCUUGGCAGAAAGGAAAGGUCGGUUGCAGCUUGCGGGCGAGCCAGCCAUGGCGUGUGCAAAUGCAAUGAGGCGACUCCUGCUACACUACCCAACACCACGUGUGAACGUGACUACUUCACACGUGCGAAUCUCUCCCUCUCUCCCAAGUCUUUCCCGCCCAUUCCUAACAACUAACAACUGCUUCCUUUUCACGGUUGCUGAAUUUCACGGUCAUCAGAAUCUGUUAGCAGUGGCCAAAUCCUCCCCGCAAAAUGACGGCAUUGUAACUGCCGAUGACGACAGUGAAGACGGCGUCUCUUUGGGAACCCUGAAGUUGCCUUCCGAUACUGACUUGCCGAGAUUUGAAAUCUUGCUUUUCCAGUGGGCUAACAGCCUUUGUCAAGGAGCUAAUCUGCCACUUCCAGCACCAUUAAAGGUUGAUAAAAUACCAGGUGGAGCUAGGUUGGGUUUUAUUACAAUUGGAGAUGGGAAGACAGAAGUCUUAGUGUACAUUGAUUGUUUGGUUUUUCCAGCAACUGGUGACUCGGGCCCUAUAUUCCGAGCUAUUAGAAAUGGACCCUUAAAAGAUCAAUCACCUCCGGGUGAGCCCAGAAUCAUGAGAAGUCUUCUGCAAGCCCUCCAGAAAUCAGUUGAAAUUACUAGAAGCUGAAGUAUAUUGUUACUUGAGAUGUAAAAUAUAAAAAGAAAAGCUACUUUCAAUUGCUUUCUUCUUUAGUUCAAUGAAAUUGUAGCCGUCACCUAUAACAAGGAGAUGUUAGUUCUAGUGCAUUCAAUAGCAUAUAUAUCAAGAGAUUGAUGUGAAUUUGUUUUCUUGUGGAAUAUAAUUGUUUCUCUUUAUUUCA